UGCCACGGCGCCAUCCCUGUUGGCCAGCCGUGAUGUUUACCGGGGUUCGCAUUGUUUUUUGCAUAUUCGUGUCUUUAGAUGUUGUGCAAAUAUAUGUAAACAAUAUAGUGUUGUAGAUAGAGUAGUUACGCUAGUUUGGAUCGAUUGGACAUGGAGCGUGAUGUCUGUGUGUAAUAGUUUUACCGGUGUACAGGAUUAGAGGUGGUCCAGGGAAGAGUUAUGGUUGGACAUUUUAAAGUCACCCUCAGCUUGUUUUGUUUUCGAGGCGCUGCAGUGUCUCCGCCGGGCGAGCUGGUAUUUUGUUUCUCGGAUUUUAAGCGUAAAACGGCAACAUUUGAGCUUAACAGCUGGUGAAUUUCAGCUUUUACCAAGGCCAAGAUGAUUGAGGUGGUGGCCUCCAUGGCCCGGGGCCCUGUGUUUCUGGCUGGAGAGGUUUUAGAGUGUCUCAUCACUUUCACCAAUCCCAUGUCCCACCUUUCUACUAGCGCAAGCAGCGAGAUGCUUGCGUGGGCUAGUGCUCAGAUCCACUGCCAGUUCCAUGCUAGUGAGAGCCGUGUGGCUCUACCCAGUCAGGGCACCAAGCAGGAUGUACAAGCAGAAAGCGACACUGUGCUCAUCCCCAGCAGAGGGGAACGAGGGCAGUGCAUGCUAGACACCCCACCAAAGAUCCUGUUCUGUGACCUCCGGCUGGACCCUGGAGAAAGCAAAACCUACUCUUACAGUGAGCUUGUACCCACAGAUGGCCCUCCUAGUUUUCGUGGUCAGGCGGUGAAAUAUGUCUACAAGUUGACGAUUGGCUGCCAGAGAGUAAAUUCUCCGAUCAAACUGCUGCGUGUUCCCUUCAGAGUUCUGGUGCUGCAUGGGAUGCCAGAGCCCCCAUUCCCACAGGAUGAGGAAGUAGCCCCUUCGAACCCUUUCCUGGAGGAAGAGGAAGGAGGUAGAAGAGACACAAGAACACUGGAGCGAGCACUAGACAUGCUGAUGAUCACCACAUCACGCCGCUAUCCACAUCUGUUUAAUAUUACAAACAUGAGGGGGAAGGUGGCCAAAUUCUGUAUCUUUAAGACUGUUUACAGACUAGGAGAGGAUAUCAUUGGAACGUUUACUUUCUCAGAAGGGGAUAUCCCAUGUUUACAGUAUUCAGUGAGUCUCCAGAGUGAGGAGGAGGUCCAUGAGCAGUACCAGCGGCGGCCGGGUCAAGCAGUUAGCGUUACAGGUCAUGGGCGGCACCUGGAGUCCUGUCUACACACGGCUUCCAGCCACUUCUCCCUGCCCAUCCCCCUCAACGUGACACCUGGGUUCAGCACUGACAUCGUGACUCUAAGAUGGCGUCUACAUUUUGAGUUUGUCACAGCAAGAGAACCCGUGGAGUUGCCGACUGUACUUCAGAACCAAUCAGAAGUCACAGUAUGGACUGGGGCAGAGCAGGUGGACGUAGAUACCUUCAGUUGGGACCUGCCAAUCAAAGUGCUGCCCACCAAUCCGGCUCUAGCUUCAUAUGUUUCACAAUUUACAGGGACCAAUAGCAUCAAUAUCUGAGUAGGGAAUGUGGUGUGGUGCAGUGUGUGUGUGUGUGUGUGCAUGGACAUGAAUCUUGAUCAUCUGGUAUUCCAGAUCAAAAGCCAGCAUUGUCUUGUUUAUGGUCUUUUAUUUGUUUUUAUCUUUUGCAGUGCAAUGAAUAUAUACACACACACAUACACACAUACACACACAUACACACACACACACACACACACACACACACACACAUAUAUAUGUGUGUGUGUGUGUGUGUGUGUGUGUGUAUAUGUAUUUGUCAACUUGUGCUAAACACUUUUAACAUUUCAGACAUGACCAACCCAAGACUUUUUUCCAUAUUUAUUGUAUUUUUCAGCCUUUAUGUGCUAAUCUAUAUCAUUUUACACAAAAUCUUGCCUGUUGAGCUGCUCUAUUUUUUAUGCAAAUACUUGUAUGUUUUUCAGUGUGUUUAUCUAUGUGUGACAAGAGCCAGUAAUGUACAGAGUGUCUCUAAUGAAAGUGUUCUUGGCAAAUAAAAGUGGAGGAAUCGUAGAGAAAUGUAAGUUACUUUCACUCAAAGGACUAAGAAAUGCGUUAUUUUCCGCAUGUUUUAUUCAGAUAAAUGUGGUAAGGUACACAAGAAACGAAUACACGUAUGACAAGUGCCAAGCUGCUCAUUUACAAUAGUGCAUGAGGUGAUAUAUGAAAGCUACAUCCAUACUGUUUAUUUGGACAAUAUAUGAACUCAGUUUGUUAAGAACAAUGUAAUAAAGGAUCCAAAU